AUGCGAGGUGCCUGCACUGGGACUGAUUAUGGAGGGAUGGAGGAGACCUCAAAUGCUGGCAAUUGCAUGAUAGAGGUGUCAGCCAAACUCCUUAUAGACAAGUCUGGAAGGAGGGGUGUGCCACGGGGCACCCAGGUGUUUCCCAUGCUGGGACUCCCCUGUUGCCCCACAGAUCUUCCAAGAUCCCCCCAGAUCUGGCUUCCUCUGGAAAGUGAGAUCUCAGCCACAGCAUCUCUAGCCAGAUUCCACUGUUCUCUGAGCCUCCCCUUUACUCAGCACAUCACAGCCCAUCUUCUCUCUGCUCCUCCAUCAGGGGCCACACUUGCUCCCCCUACACGCCCAAAGUCUCAUGGUGCACCCUGUGGGUUCCAGCUGCACCCUGUUUGCCCUCAUGGGGAACUCCACAUCCCACCCACGGGGACCAGGCACUCCAGAAAUCUGAGUGGAUUCUCAAGCUAA